AAAUGCAAUAAUGGAUGUGGCGCGUCAAAAGUAGCAUGUAGAUGUAGUUGCAUGUCAUUAUGACAAAUCAAUUGCCAGCCUUUCUAUUACACUUGUUCCUCCCAUUAUUUAUUCUGAUCUCCAACAUUCUUUUCUCUAUUUUUCUUCCAAAUGGAUUCAAGUGAUGAUGAAGGAGAGGAGUAUCUCUUCAAAGUAGUGAUCAUCGGAGACUCUGCAGUAGGAAAAUCCAAUCUCCUGUCACGUUACUCGCGGAACGAGUUCAAUCUGCACUCCAAGGCCACAAUUGGAGUGGAGUUUCAGACUCAGACCAUGGAAUUUGAUGGCAAGGAGGUUAAGGCACAGAUUUGGGACACUGCAGGCCAAGAACGCUUUCGCGCUGUCACCUCUGCGUACUACCGCGGCACUCUUGGUGCACUCAUCGUGUAUGAUAUCACUCGUCGUACCACUUUUGAUAGUGUCAGGCGAUGGCUUCAAGAACUUAAGACUCAUUCUGAUACAACUGUGACAAAAAUGUUGGUUGGGAACAAGAAAGAUUUAGCCAACAUCAGGAGUGUUAGCGUGGAAGAAGGCGCUAAGCUUGCAGAGGAAGAAGGGCUGUUCUUCACGGAAACUUCUGCACUUGACUCUACAAAUGUUAACAAGGCAUUUGAAUUUGUUAUAGGAGAGAUCUAUAAUAAUGUUAGCCGUAGAGUCUUGAAUUCGGAUUCAUAUAAACCAGACUUGUCCGCCAAUAGGAGGGUCAGCCUCGUGAGCACUGGAGCUGAUGAACCAAAGCAAAGUUCAUGCUGUUUAAGAUGAUUCAAUUUCUCUGAAGAACUUUUUCAUCGCGUCUUAUCAAUUAUAGUGUCAUGGCGUCGCCUUAACUUCUUAAAUCCAUACCUUAUCAUCAUUAUUGGUAUAUUGCAUAUUUUUGUAUACAUUAGUUUUGUAAGUGUUAGGGGAGAGGAAAUGAGAAUUCGGCCUUGUGAUCGUGCCAGGGCUGGGGAGUGGGGAUGAGGCCUCGCCUCCAGAUCGAUGGAUGAGCAUUUGCAGCCAGAUCACAUUGUACAACCAUUGACCAUUGUCAUUCAAAUAUACUUCGGUUUUUUAAUAAAAUUAAGUUUUGUGCA